AUGAGUUACCAAGUUGACCGCCCUUCACACCUUUUCCACGAUAGCUGUACACCACCAGCUUUAAUGAAAGAUACUUUUUCAGUUACAUUACCCGUACCGAGUACUGCUGGUGAUACCAUUUUGGGCCCGUACUACGACCAUCGAUCACUCUUUGACACUUCACCACAUCACCAUGAUAUGAGUACUCCUGCAGCAACAACAACGACAACAAAUGGGUGGAUGUUGUCUCCCGUUCCAGAGCAUCAUCAUGCUGCUGCUGCAUCUUUGGCGAAUAUCGGCAGCAGCAACAACAGCAGCAGCAGCAGCAGCAGCAUUGGCGUUAACAAUCAUGGCCCGUCACCACCCCCUGCUGCUGUUGCUGCUCAUCGUGCACCCCUACCAACGCCACCAUUAUCGUCUGUGGAGUCGCAUCAACAUCAUCAUCAUCAUCAUCACCAUUCAUCUCCUCAUAUCCAUUUUCCCUCUUGGUCAUCAGCCAUGAAUAAUAACAACAACACCGCAUUGAUCCCACCAGCGUCAAUGACGUAUUGGUUGUAUCCUGCACAACAAAACCUUCAUCAUGCAUCACCACCAGUUAAGGAUCACAACAAUCCAUCCGCCACCAGGCGGCACAAGCCAUCGUCUCCCUCAUCGUCAAAUGCAAAAUCAACCAACAAAUCUGCAAACUCCUCCUCAUCAUCAACACCUCCUCGACGAUACAAGUGCAAUGUUUGUGUCAAACGUUUUUCCAGACCAAGCUCAUUGGCAACGCACAUGCACAGCCAUACAGGCGAGAAACCAUUCAAAUGUCAAGUAGAAGGUUGUGGACGUAGGUUCUCGGUAGUCAGCAAUUUGCGGCGUCAUGCGAAAAUCCACAGUGGCAAACCUUGUUUACAAACCACCGCCACCUGCUAA